UAGGCACUGAAAAAGCGAGAAGGAGAAAGAGAGAGAAAUGGAAGUCAAGAAUACACGCUAAGACCCUCCUGGAGAACAGGGAGACAAUUUUGGUUAAAAAAUGAGAAAGUAGGUGAAACUAAACAUCUGGUCAUGUAACGUCAGAAAAUGGACUAUUUAAGCCUAAUCGUUCUGGAAUAAGGUGACAUACGUUGGACAUCCACUAGUAUUUUUUCAAUAUUAUCUGAAUACUUUUUACAAACAACAACAGCAGUUCAGAAGAUUUAUCCCGGGAUAAGCCAAAGCCAAUCACAGUGGAUGGAGGAGUCUGGUAGUCCCCGAUUUAGGAAGCUCCAUUUCCCAGUGGGCUUGUGGAUCAAUUCUCCACGAAAACACUUUGCGAAGCUGGGAGCCCGUUGGCCCAGUGCGGCAUCAGUCAAGUCCACAACCAGUUCAGAUGCUGCCUCACUGCACGAAGCUCCAUCAUCAGCCCCUUCCUCCUCCCUCUCUCACUCCACCCCUUCUCUUGCCCCGCCCUCUCCAUCCCAAUCUCCAGCCUUUCUACGGCCUCGUCCAGCCAAUCAGCAAUCUCGUGCCAAGCGGAUCUCCCACCUCUUCCUGAGAGGUCGGUCCAACAGCGACAGAGACCGCGGCAUUGGAGAACGUGAGAGGGAGGUAUGGGCGCAUUCUGCCACGCCCUCAUCACAUCACUACCUGCCUCCUGCUUCGUCAAAUGCCCCUGGCCUGGUCAAGAUCUAUGGAGAUGCCCUGUCCAGCGGGGCAAACUAUCGGAGCUUGCUCGCGAAUAUGCACUCCACCGCUCGCCAGCUCAUUCAGCAGGUCAUCACCCGCUACACUGAGAGGGAGAGAGAGAACGAGUGUGAAGACACAGCUCUUCAGAAAUAUUACCCCGAGGAAUUCCUGUUAUGUGAUGUCAUUGGAAAGCCCAUUCACCAGCCAGAUGGAGCCAUUAAAUGGCAAACAGAGUGCAGAAGAGGCGUGGCCGCCUGGGAAUGCCCCUUACAGCUAGUGGACAUGUGGAGACCCAAGGAUGGUUUCGAGCGACGGUUUGAGAUCUCCCGCCUUGAUGAAUAUGAGAGGGAGGAGAAAGAAAAGGAGAAAGAGCGAGAGAGAGAUGGGGAGAGUUAUCAAGGAGUACGAUGGAGGCGGAGUCGCAUGGCAUCUGGAGGCGGUCCAGAGGAAGAAAGAGGUCACCGGGGACGGAACAGUGAACUUAGAAGGAGCAUUAGUGAUAUGAACCUGAGUCUGAGACGUCGCCAGGGCAUCAACUCUGCCAAUGACCCCAGGCGUACUAGCAAGGUCCCAAACAAUGAACAGGACAGGAAGAACAUAGUGAGCAUGAUAGCAACUGAGCCAGGAGAGACCCCUGGUUCAAGAGGUGGCGGCGAGGCAGACAGAUGCACUCGUGCAGCAGAGGAAGAGAUGGACACCUGUGACCUGGAAGUGAUGUCGCAAAGUCUGAUCCUUCCGCCAACGGAUCGUCCAUACUUCCUGUUACUGCAAGGCUAUGACCAGAGCAAGGACUUUGUGCUGUACAUCAUGGCGGGUCACACACAUGUUUUUGGGCGGAAGCCAACAUUCCGUGAGCGUGAGAUGGACAGGGAGAGAGAGAGGAAGGGGAAGAGGCCUCUAAAAGUGGACACUUUCCUCUCGGCUCCUGACCUGCUAGUCCGACACCUCAUGAUCAGGAGAGACGCAGCUGUCCCUGGGCAACCCCGCGGUCAAGCAUUGGUACGUCCAUUCAGAGGAGGACCAGUCACUCUAAACGGAGCGCCACUUUACAGGGAAUCAGUCCUGAAGCCAGGAGACUUGCUGGGUCUUGGCAGCCACUUCCUCUUUCUUUAUCGCGACCCCCGAGUGACCCCCGCCGUGCCUCUGGCUUUACCCCCACCAUGGCAAGGUGACAUGUCGCCUUCCUACGGCCCUGGCAACGUGACAGAUAGACAGGAAAUGCUCCGGCUGUAUCUGGGGUCCACAGAAUCACUCCUGAAAUUCCAGGCCAAACAUGCGGAUGCCCUGCUGCAGGAAAUUAUCUCAAAGAACUCCAGCCCAGAUUCAGGGGGUGGGGCUUUAGCACCUGCCUAUCUUCUCUCGCUCAUGAUCGACUAUGCGUCUAAACAUCUGGAUCCUGAAUUAAUACCGCAGCUGCUAUUAAAGGCAGCCAAUCAGAUCAAAGGGAUUGUUUGGGACAAAAUUAAAGAGUUUGGUGACAAACAUCCAACACAAAACUCAGCAGAUGCUGAGGUUGAACUUCCUCCACCAAGUACCCAAAAGCUCUCCUCUGACCUUCAACCCCUCAUGUUCUGGAUGUCCAAUGCCACUGAGCUUCUCAACUUCUUUCAGGUCAAAGUUGAAGCCAUGGAAAAAGAAUGGGAAUUUGAAGCCCCAGGUGACCCUGUUCUCUCAGCUGACAUGGACACCUGUUCAGAAGCGCUUGCACAGCUAGAUGAUGUCAUUAUGCACACGUUUCAGCAGUGUGUUUACCAUCUGACCAAGACUUUAUACUCUCUGCUCCCAGCAUUGUUAGACACUAACCCAUUCUCCACCGAAGAGAAAAAGAGAGGAAAAGCAGAAGCGAAAGACAGAGCAGGUGGUGGAGGAGAGGGAGACGAGGAAGAAGAUGUCUCCACUUUACCUCCCACCGUAGCAGGACUGGUGGAAGUGUAUCGGUGCUCUCUGCAGCUUUCACGAGAAGCUUGCCUCUCUCCGCCUCUCACUUCUCAAACAUUUGGCUACCUCUUCUUCUUCACAAACACGUCUCUUCUCAACACACUUUUGGAGAGAGAUAGUCUGUUCUCGUGGUCACGGGCUGUUCAAAUUCGAACUAAUCUGGACCUGGUUUUAGACUGGCUUCAAGGUGCAGGCCUUGGAGACAUUGCUUCUGAGUUUUUAAAGAAGCUAUCAGUUACUGUCAACUUCCUGUGCAUACCCAAAACCCGUCUCAUUCAGUCGUCAUGGUCCAGUUUACAGGAAGAACAUUCCUUGCUGAGUCCUGCUCAGCUUCACCAUCUUCUCAAUCAUUAUAAGCUUGGACCAGCGAGAGCCUCACCAUCUUCUUGGGCUCCACCUCCUGGUACUGAAUUAAGUGGUGAUAUUUUUGAGAGUUUCUUGGACCAUCCUCCUCUUAUUCUGCCUAAUGAGACACCUCGCCUGGACCUCACCCAGCCAAUCCCGGGAACUGAGUUACAAAAGGAAGUGACACGUCUGCGAACGUUCCUGUGGGGGCUCAACCAGGAUGAACUACCGGCUAAUCAGCGGACUCGGCUUUAACUUCCAUCCAGUUGUGAAAUGAUGACACCAAUACAAAUUAGAGAAAUUAUCUGUUUGUAAUACAUGUAAGCUACAUUAGAGCCAGUUCAUGCAGAAAUACUAGAACUGCAUUUGUCUGACAAGCACAUGAGUUAGAUUUGAAUGCAUUAUAUUGAUUACAUUAUCAUUUUAAAAUUGCUUGGGAAGUGAGAGAAAAACAGAAGUGUGUUUUGAUGGCCUUUAAAAAGAUAUUCUCAAAUAAAGAGUUAAGCAAUUCUAUAAAACAAAAAUGAUGAAAGUUGAGAUUCAUUGCCUGGUUGCAAUGAAAAAAAAUGUUUUUUUUGUGCUGGUAAAGAAGGCGUUUCAUUAAUUCACAGAUUGAAAUGUAUCUAAAUAUAACACUACUGUAAACAGUUUAAUCUUAUGAUCAGGAAUCAGUUGUAUCAACCUACUUUACACAUAAUGACUUUUCACAUGUCUGUAAUAAAUACAUAAAACCUA